GGAUGUUGAUUCGGAAACGCUGUACGUGCUGUUUCCUUAAAAUUAGCUGCCUAGCAAAACAUAUCUUGUGUUCUUACAUAAAAGUUUACUUCGGAGCUCAAAAGAAAAACACAUUUAGUUUCCAGUCUGAGGGUUUCCAGGUGAUAUGUCGCGACAUUUGUGAGUCAGCUCCGUCUUUUACAUUUUCACGUCACUUUAAUUGGGGAGAGGCAUUGCAGGAAAUUAGCUCGCUAGCUUCCUGACAACUGAGGAGGAUUAUGAGGUUCAUGCUUCCGUUUUUAUGCUCAUUUUAAAUCAUCCCGUGGAAAUGGACACCGAGCCGAUAGUAAUCCGUAUAAAGACACCUUUAGGGGACAUGGACUCGUCUGUGGACUAUCCAUCUGUGUUGAACUUCAACGACUUGCUGGUCGCAAUCAGAGACGUGAUGCCUGAAGCCACUGUCACGGCGUUUGAAUAUGAAGAUGAGGUGGGAGACAGAAUUACUGUAAGAAGUGACGAAGAACUCAAAGCUAUGCUGUCAUAUUACUGCAACACAAUGAAUGAACAGCGCAUGAAUGGACAGAUGCCAGACCCGCUACAGAUUUUUCCAAGAGCCGGCAAGACUCCAGGGAUCCGGAACAUACAUGGCCUGAAGGUUAACACGAGACCCAACCCAGCCAACGACUGCACUCAGGUUGUCCCAGACUCCUUAGCCAACAACAGUUUGAAGAAGUCAUCUGCAGAGUUGAAGACGAUCUUGACAAAUGGGCAGAUAAAUGCCCAGGAUCUCCACUAUCAGGAGCAACUUGGCCAUGGAAACGGAGGCACAGUUUAUAAAGCAUACCAUGUCCUCAGCAAGCGUGUUUUAGCUGUGAAGCUUAUUCCUCUGGAUAUUACAGUGGAGUUACAGAAGCAAAUCAUGUCAGAACUGGAAAUCCUCUAUAAGUGCGAUUCGCCCUACAUCAUCACUUUCUUCAGUGCCUUCUUUGUGGAGAACAGAAUUUCCAUAUGUACAGAAUUUAUGGAUGGUGGAUCUUUGGACGUCUACAAAAGAAUACCGGAGCAUGUUCUGGGAAGGAUUGCUGUGGCAGUUGUAAAAGGCCUGACGUAUUUGUGGAGCCUGAAGAUACUUCACAGAGAUGUCAAGCCUUCCAAUAUGCUGGUGAACACCCGAGGACAAGUCAAGCUGUGUGACUUUGGUGUCAGCACGCAGCUGGUAAAUUCUAUAGCAAAAACCUAUGUGGGAACCAAUGCAUACAUGGCACCUGAAAGGAUAUCAGGAGAGCAGUAUGGGAUUCAUGCUGAUGUCUGGAGUGUGGGCAUCUCUUUCAUGGAGUUGGCUCUUGGCAUGUUCCCGUACCCUCAAAUUCAGAAAAACCAAGGAUCUCUAAUGCCUCUCCAGUUACUGCAAUGCAUCGUUGAUGAGGACCCUCCAGUUCUUCCUGUUGAACAGUUCAGUGAAAAGUUCGUUCACUUCAUCACUCAGUGCAUGCGAAAGAACCCAAAGGAGAGACCCGCACCUAAUAAUCUCUUGGACCAUUCCUUUAUAAUCCAGUACAACGACGGGAAUGCGGAGGUGGUGUCCAUGUGGGUCUGUCGCUGUCUGGAGGAGAGGCGAUCUCAGCAGGCUCAGUGACACGUCGGGCGUCCUCCUGCUGUCCAGACGUUACUCACCCGGACAUUUGACACCAAACCAUGAGCACUUACAAAAGCCUUCAGGGCCAAGUACGUCCACAUGCACUGCAUUAAUGACUGGGUAAUAAUUGUUACAUACUUUAUCUGAGAAUCUGUUUAUUUAAAAAGACUCGGCUGACGAAACACGGAGGAGCUCGUAUCCCGGGACGCGUGUCCAGACUUUGUGCAGUCGGAGCUUCGCUGUCUCAAUCUCCAUCUUGUGUAGCAGAUGCUCUCCCAUGUUUUGUUUUUUUUAUUACUAUUAUUAUUAUUCUUGGAGAAUCCAGAAAUCCUGAGAAUUGACUCAAAGGAUCAGAGACAGUAAACAGCUUCGCAAAAAGACCACGAGUGGCCGGCGGGGUCUCGCUUUGCUGAGCACGGCCUUCAAGUGAAUGUCAAGGUUUCCUCCUGUGAGUAACUGCCCGUCUUCUGUGCCUGGUUUUCAUGUGCUUUCAUUUAUUACCUCAGCAACUUUAAGUUGUCAUUUGAUAUUUGCUAAAAAAAAAUAAAGAAAGAAAGAAGGAAAGCUCCUAUUUGUGCUUUUGGUCCAGAACAAAUGUUUCUCUUUAAACCCAACGGAGAAAAGAAAAAGAUACCAAUGGAUGUUUUUUUUUUGCCUCUGUGUGUUUUGUGACAUUUUGUCGUCAAGAGACCAAAUCGCUCUCAGAGGUGUGUGUGCAACACAUUUGUUUGACUUGCUAAUCAGCAAGCUCACCAGCUCUCCACGAACCAAGAAGAGGAUCACGCACAUUUCUCACUCGACACCUUUUUCAAUCCGCCUCCGAGGCACUGGCGUUCAUCUGCCUCUGACUGUCAUGGCCGCUCGUUUCAGAGACACAUUUCGUCUCUGAAACCUUUGGAAGCCGCAGACCAAGACAGGCAUCAGUCUCAUGAUUUUAGUAUUCAGAAGCAGCGCUAAUGUGCUAUAAUAUAAGCUCAGAAGGGUAAAAAAAAAAAAAAAAACUCAACUGGACUUUAUUUCAGUUUAAGCUAGUUUAACCUAUUUUUUCCUCAUUUUUUUAAUCAAAGCACUGAAGUUAUUGUUUGGGAGGAAGUAAUUUACCAAGCAGGAUCCUCUCACAUGAGCUCCCAAUUGUUUUAAGUCAACAGAAUAAAACUCUAUAUAUGUGUAGACUCGUAUGUUUUAAGGAACAUAUGAUCCCGGUCAUUUUCUGGUAACAGUUGGCAAAAUUAUUAUAGCAAAUUAAAACAGUCAGAAAAAAAGAAACAGUUUUCUGUGACGUGGUAAUGAAAGCAACACCUCUUUGUGAUUAUUUUUAAUCUGCCAUGAAAGCGGCCUUUGUUUUUCUUACCUGUUCAGUCUGCUGACAGUAAGCACCACCUUUCUACUCUUUUUAAUGUUUUUUUUUUCCCCACAUCAAAACCACAGAGCCUUAGAAAAGUGUUGAUUCAGCAGAAUUAUUAAUGCUGUGAUGUUACUGACGGCCUUUUUUGUCUAGUUGUUAAUGUUGGCACAUACUCCAGAUAUACUAAAUAAAAUAUAUUUAAAUUGUU